AUGGCAUAUGCACUGUACCAGGAUCCAAUGCAAAGCCAGCCAAUGGUCGUGCCGGACACGGGAAUCGGUUUGCGAUUGGUGCCCAAACAGUUUAGUUUAACGGAUCCGGUCCUGUUGCGUCACGUCCUCUGCAUGAUGAACUUGGUAAGGAACAUUUUUCACGUCUAUUUGUGUUGGCGCCAGCUGCGAACUUGCAACUGGACUAAGGAGCCACCACGCAAAUUGCAGGACAGCCUCUCGAGGAGCGCCUUCAACACGACCAAGGAUGAAGAGAUGUAUUCGGUGGAGUCGCUGCUACUCUCCUAUAUAUUCGAUUCGAUAUUCUGCUGGAUUGAAUUGUAUUUUGGCGUCUAUCCCGCGUUGUGGAGGGCUAUCAUCCGUUACUAUGGCAUCGUGGACGAUUUGAUCUGGCAGAGCAUUGCGUAUGUCGCAUUGUUCUCCAGUUAUAUGGUCGCCCGUCGCUUGCCGCAGAUCUUUUACAGCAAGCUGGUGCUGUCCAAGUGGUAUGGCAUAAAUAGGGAGAAGUCAAUGUCACUGGUGGGUCUGCUUUGCUUCUUCUCCCUGCUGCUCGUCAUGUUGCAGGUGAUCCUGAUUCCGCUAACUCCCGUCUUUCUGUACAUUGAGAGUCAUGGCGGCAGAUUUUUUGUGCUCUGGAUUUGGGGCUUUCUGUUUGUCGUAACAAUUGCUGCUUUUGCGGUCUUCAGUCUUUUUGGCUUACCUUGCAUUGGGACAACGACGAAAUUGGUUGAGGGUGACUUAUACAGUUCCCUUACGGAUAUACUGGAUGUCUUCGGAUUUCCGCCUGGCUGUGUCUACAUUAUACGCACCUUUGAUAUCGAUACGGCGACUGCAUAUGCCUGGAACUGUUGCUGUCGCCAGCGGGUCUUCAUCUUCGAGAACUUGUUGUUCAACCAGGGCAGACCGUUGUCGGAGCUGCUGCCGGAGGAGAUUGGCAAGGGGCUGCACAGCCAGGAAGUGGUUGCGUAUAUUGCACACGAACUCGCCCAUUCUCGUCUGAAGCAUGUUGUGAAAACCUUCUGCAUGUUGCAUGCCUCACUCUUGGUAUAUUUAAUGAUUUUCGGAACCUGCUAUCAUGAAACUGUUAUCUAUGAAGCUGCCGGCUUCUCGGCCAGCUUCUAUCCACCGAUCGUUGGCUAUUGGUUGGUUUACAAGUAUGUUAUGCCGCUAUAUCUAACAAUUACCAAUUGGAUCAUUUUCUAUUUCUUGCGCAAAUUUGAGUAUUCGGCGGAUAAGUACGUCUUUAACUUGGGAUAUGGAGAUGUGCUCAGCACUGCUUUUCUCAAGCUAUUCGAAGACGGGCCCGUCUUCCCCGUGGUAGAUCCCUUGUACAUGAUGUGGCAUCGCUCCAGGCCAACCUUUUUACAGCGUAUCCACCGCCUCAGCAAAUUGCGAAAGUCUAAAAUGAGCGGAUCAUAA